AUGACACGGGAAUUUCGCGAGUUGCUGACAGCCCUUGCGGAGACGGGACGUGACUUGGAGGUGCGGGUCAAUGGCCUCCCCAGUGCAGGCAUUGUGCUCCUCUCGGGUCCAACGCUUCGAUGGGAGUCGGGGCACUUUGUGAACCGGCCAAGAGCAGCAGUUGAGGAAUGCGAUGUGGUUUUGACCUGUCCCGACGAGCAGACAUUUAUUGAUCAGUGUCAGGCGGGGGCGGAAAGGCCAAUCAUGACCUUGCUCUCUGGAAACCUGGCUAUCAAGGGAAAACACCAUCUGCUGCCACUGGUCUUUCGAGUCCUUCAGGGAAGGACUACGGUAGAUGCUGGGGAGGAGGCAGCAGCUGAUGGUGGCCCUUCGGACGGAUCCUGGCGCGAUUUGUGGGAUCUGAAGCCCUCCCCCACGCAACUGGCUUUUGUGGGACUGGGUGCCGCUGCUGUGGUUGGAGGGUUCUGGGCCUGUGCGGCCGCCUCCACGGUGAAAGUCUCCUCAGUUGGCUUGGCCUUACUGCCAGCUUUUCAGGGUGACCUUGACGAGGACAGGGGAGACAACCCAGCCCCAGGUCUACAAAGUGAGACCGAGGAUGCAGAGGAGUGA